AUGGCUGAUAACACCAGCCUGGCCAGCAAGUCUGCUAUGCAAGCAGCAUUCCCGGCCUCUACCUCUCUCCCAUCUCUCCUUGUCGCUACUUCUUCCCAUCAUGUCUCCCCUUUUUCCGUUUCCCGUCCCACCCAGCCCCCUCAGACGCUCUCCACAGGUGGCGGAAUGAGGCUUGAAGCCGUCAUGGAGAACUUGCAGCGCCAACAGGCUGCUCGGUUGGCCAUGGAGGAAAAAUUGCGCCAGGAAAAGGACAGAGAACUGCGCUGUCUGGUGGAGUCACGCAUUCAGCAACAAGCGUUGGCUAUACGCCAUUACCAAGCCGCUGUAAGAGCGGCAGCCGCCGCGGCGGUGACCACCCCCUCGAUCUCCAACACCACCAAUUCAACCCCCACUACCACAUCAUCCAGCUCAACCUUAUCCCAGAACCGGACUUCUCUGAUCUUUCCACGCACCCCAGUCCAGAAAUCAGAGGAUGAAGAUUCUAAGCACAAAAGUGAAGGGGAAGAUGUAGACUUUGAUGAUGACGACAUGGAUGACGAGGAAGGGGAAGAAGAGGAGGAACAUAUGGAGAUGAACUCAAAUGUACCCCCUGGCUCACCUACCAAGGGACUGUCCAGGGUCAACCAAUCACAGUUACCAAAUACCAGUUCCCAAUCACACAGCUUAUCUCCUAAUGGACAAUCGGGACAUCACGAGUGGACGUACGAGGAGCAGUUCAAACAGCUGUACGAGCUGGACGAGGACCCCAAGAGGAAGGAGUUCCUGGACGACCUGUUCAGCUUCAUGCAGAAGAGAGAGUCCCACCUCAUCCUUGUCAUGUGUGGGACCCCUCCUAGACCUGGCGCCGUGCGGACUGAUGACGCCAUGCGGACUGAUGGCGCCGUGCGGACUGAUGACGCCAUGUGGACUGAUGGCGCCGUGCGGUUGGAAGUUUGUUCAGUCGCCUCCACCACUCCCAAUCAGUCCUCCGCACCCGGCGCGCCCGAGCGUCACUCAAUGGCCGCAGAAGUAGGGCAGCCGGCGCCGCGCACCCUCCGACCCCCGAUGGAAUCUUUAUGUAAGAUGUCGGGAGUUCGCAGCAGGCGGUGCCGAGGAAAGUUGCGAAAGUUCCAGAGAACAAAAUGCGUCCUGUCGUGUCUGUGA